AUGGCGCCGUGGCCACAGUUGGACUGUCGUCCGAGGCCAAAACCUCGCCGAGCAUUAACGGCGACCGCAUGUGAUGUGGCAUCUCUAACCGCAGUGCACUUCACCAUGGGUCUCUUUUCCUCCAACAGCGCCGAGAAGGUGGGCGGCACCACUGCCCAUGUCGAACAACACAGGGAUCACUCGCCCAACUCCGACCUCAAGACGACAUCUAGCGAUGACAACGAAAUGCAAACCGAGUUCUCGCCCGCCGAGCAGAAGAAGAUCCUCCGCCGAAUCGACAAACGUCUGAUUAUUACGGUCGGAGCCAUGUACAUGGUCUCGCUCAUGGACAGAACGAACUUGUCCAACGCUUCAAUCGCCGGUAUGCGACAAGAACUCGGCAUGAUCAAAUCGGCGGCCACUCCAAACGGUAACCCAAUGGCAUACUCCAUCGUUACUCUGGUCUUUUUCACUACCUAUGUCUUCUUUCAACCUCCCGCGACCGUCCUCACCAAGAAGAUUGGUCCACGAAACUUUCUGGCUACCAUCUGCUUCCUAUGGGGAUGCACUAUGAUCGCGAUGGGCUUUGUAAAGACGUGGCAGCAACUCGCAGCACUGAGGGUGAUUUUGGGCAUAUUUGAGGCAGGCUUCUUCCCUGGCUGCGUCUACUUGCUCAGCACUUGGUACUGCCGGUACGAGAUGGGACGACGCAAUGCGUUCUUCUACCUCAUUGGCAUGCUUGCCUCCGCGUUUUCUGGUAUUUUGGCAUUUGGACUAAUGCAGAUGGAUGGCCUUGGAGGCUACCAGGGCUGGAGCUGGAUUUUCAUCAUCGAAGGAAUCAUCACCGUCAUCAUCGCCAUUGUCGGAUACAUCUUCCUCGUGCCCUUCCCGGACGACAACCCCGAGAAAUGCUGGGGCUUCCUGAACGAGCGCGAAGUCGCGUUUGUCAUCGCCAGAGUCAACGCUGAUCGUGGCGAUGCACAAGCCGAGCCCUUCAACCUGGUCAAGUUCUUGAAGCCUGCCGCGGACCUGAAAAUCUGGGGCUUCGCAAUCAUGUUCGCAUGCAACACGACGCAAAGUUAUGCACUUGCCUUCUUCUUGCCUAUUAUUCUCGUUGUCGGCAUGGGCUUCGAAGUCGGUGCGGCUCAGUGCUUGGUAGCACCACCAUAUGCCUUCGCUGCUAUCGUUAUGCUUAUCACUGCAACCAUCGCGGACAAGUACAAGAUCAGAGGACCAUUGAUCAUCUUCAACGCCACUUGUGCGAUCAUCGGCCUGGCACUCAUGGGUUGGGUAGAAACGGUCGGAGUUCGCUACUUCGGCGUCUUCCUGGUCUGCUCGGGAGCCAACGCCAACAUCCCACAAGUCAUGUCAUACCAAGGGAACAACAUUCGCGGCCAGUGGAAGCGCGCAUUCUGCAGUGCUACGCUGGUCGGCUUUGGUGGAAUCGGUGGUAUUGCUGGAUCGCUUGUGUUCCGUACUCAGGAUGCCCCAGGAUACAUCCCAGGUCUCUGGGCAUGUAUUGUCGCUUCUCUGCUCAUGAUCACGACAUGCUGUUGUUUGAACACCUACUUCUACUUUGCCAACAAGAAGCAAGCACGGGGAGGAUUCGCAAUCGAAGGCGCCGACGACGGCUUCCGCUACACUUACUGA